AUGAUUAUAUUUACAUCAAUUUUGAUAUAUUUUGGGUAUUGUUUGCCAAAUUACCAGGGAACAACGUUACCCGAUACUCAACAAAUCAUUAAACUGAACUAAACUUAAAAUUUCGAUAGCUUAAUUAUCAAGUUCUACAAGGGAGGAGCAAAUGUGCUUUGUUUAGCAUCUACUAUUGAUUAAGAUUAAACAAAAAUAUCUGAUAUUGAGUUUACUAACAAUUCAAAAGGAUCUUAAGUUUAUGACUAUCAAAGUUACUAAGCAAAUAGUGAAUAUCAGCUUGUCCAGAUUGGUUAUAUAGCAAUGAUAUACAUAAAAUGUUUGCAAUCAAAUUAAAAUCAAUAACCUAUCAAUAUAGAGAUCUAUUAUUCAGAAAAUUAAAUUACUUUAGGUUGUAUUAAUGAUUGUAAUGGAUACAAUUAUCCUGAAAUUAUGAAUUCUGUAUGUGUUUCUGAAUCAUGUCACUGUUUAGAUGGAGCAUUUGGACAAUUUUGUCAAUUUCAAUCUUCCUAGAUUUCUAGCAAUGUUCUAACAUCUAUUACUUUAGAGUCUCAUAAAUGGAAGUACUUUCAAUUCCAAUUUAGUUCUAUUGAUAUUAACUUAUUUUCAUAAAACUAAGAAGAAUAAUUGUGUAUUUAUUUUUCCAUUAACUAUUUAGAUUAUAGCUUUGUAUUAAAGUAGAAUCCAUAAUUAUAGAUUCCCACUCUUGAAGAUAGCCAUAAACUAAUGUCAAUCAAUGACAUUUAAUAACAAUUAUAAAGUAAGUAAAUAGAUACUUAUGUUGACAUAAUCUACAUUGGAUUAUACAAUAAUCAAUCAUAAGCCAUUGAUAUCUAAUUUAAGGUGAUAACUUCUGAAGAAGAACAAGAAAGUACUUUUGAAAGAAAUAAAAUUAUCAUAAUUGUUACUGGAUGCGUAGUAGGAUCUUUACUAUUAUUUGCGUUCGGAUUAUCAGCUCUCAAAUCUCGAUAAUAAAGAUAAUUUCAAUUAUAGAUACAAGAAGCUAUCAGAAGAAAUCUAAGUCAAGUCCAGGAAUUAGAUUAAUAACCCCAAAAUCCAGGAUAAUAACUUCCUUAAAUUAAUCAUAAAGGUAACGCUUUACCAACUUAUGAGGUUUCGCCUUAAGGUUUAUAAAAGAUCAUUUCAAAGGGCAUAAUUAUGAAAAAAUCAUUAAGGCUUACCCAGGCUUAUCUUAAUUUGAAGAAUGUGUUGUUUGUUUAGAAUAAAUGAAAAAGCCUUCUACCAAAUAAUUAAAGAUUUGCUCUGUUUCUCCUUGUUUUCAUAUCUUUCAUACAUUAUGUCUUGAAGAAUGGUUAUUAAGACAAAAGAAUUGUCCUUUCUGCAGAACAGAAUACACCAGAAAAAAAAUAAUCAAAGAUUACCCUUGGUUAGAAGUUAAUACUAUAAGAGUCAAUAAUACGGAUUCUACUUAUCUAAGUCGAAUGAAAAAUAAUUAAGAUAAAAAUAAUGAAAGUUAAAUUGAAUUUGUGAAGUAAUAACCUGAAGGAUAAUUUCCAAAUUAAAUGGAAGAAAUUAAUGAAUGA